ACGUGAUGUGAUUUUGAAUCAGCCAAUGCGUGUUCGCGUUGCUCACGAGGAGGGGUGCAGUUGAUACCUAGGCACUGGGUAGUUGAUAUGUCACCGGUCUUGGCACCCUCAUUUCGAGGUCGCCAACGCCCAUCAACCUUCACCUUAACCUACACAUCAAUUGUGGGCCAACGGAUACAGCCAACAUGCCUCCAAAGACUAGGACUCCAGAAACGUCCUCCUCCCCUAUUGGCCGUCCUGCCGCGAAACGUACCACUGUAUCCCCUGCCCAUACUCUUACACGCGUCCGGAAUAAUCAGAGGAGGCAUCGCGAGAGGCGGCGAGAUUAUAUUGCGUCGUUGGAGAAGAGCUUGGAAGAUGCGAAUAGGGUGAUGGAAGAGAUGAAAAAAGAGUUGGAUGCGUCGAAGGCAGAGCUGGAGAAGUGGAGGGGUGGGAGUUUGAGGGUCGAGACUGGAUUCGUGGCUUUGGGGCAUGAUAUCAACACAUCUAAGGACUUGGGCUUCACCUCGGAGGGGGCUGGAUUCAAUAAACCAGACGCCGUCUUCCAUCAACAACUACCCGUAGUCCCUGAACCAUGUCUCCAACAAUGUCAACUCCAAUACCCACAAUGCGCCUUUCCACCCCCUUCAUCAAAUUCCGCUUCAAGCCCAUCUCUAGCCAUUCGAUACACCGAAGACCCCGAACUCCUCGCCCUCAUGUCCUCCAAUUCGCCCUCUUGCGUUUCUUUCCCCGCAGAGGGUCGCGAAUCUACCACGCCGUGUACGCAAGCUUACGUCCUCAUAUCGCAGCAAAAUUACCGAGGGUUGGAUGUACACACGAUACGGACCUGGCUGUACGAAGGCUUUCGGCAGGCACAGAAUCAGCAUGAUGGAUGUAGUGUUGAUAACAAGCUGCUUUUUGGGUUGUUGGACUUCAUCAGUGGGGUGUGAGCACCAUGACCCACCGGAAGUCUUUGCAACAAUAGCAAAUCAUCCGACGCAAGAUAUUACAUUGCGAAGCUACUUCAAUCUAUCAACCACCAUUCCGCUUCCACUGGUAUCCCUGUUACGAUUAGUGUUCCAUAUCCCCCGAUUUCAUUGUCAACAAGCGGUGUGCUCGUGACCUUACCUAUAUAUCGAGCCAUAGUCCGACCUUCAAUCCUUUUCCUAGUCUGUUCGAGUAAAAUGCCUCGCAAUCCCCACGACGAGGCCAUGUCAACUAUCUCCCCUGGAUGCAGGAUAGAUAGUUGAUUGAACGUAGUACUCGG